AUAUAGAUAAAAUAAAUUUCUAAAAUUAGCAACAAACUUUGCCAAAAAUUUUGGAGUAAUAUUUCAGGAAGCAACGGAGUAACUAAUUCUACAAAUUACUUUGGAUUUGGGAAUCCUUGUACCCCAAGUCCCCAAGGAAACGGAAUCCGAUCGAGUUUCCUAAAUUGAACACCCUGCCUCCCUCUCCUCUAUAUAUGGAUGCGUAAUGCGUCCAUUAUUUUCUUCCACCGUUUACGAUUUUCCUCUUCCAAAGGACAGAAAGAAAGAAAGAAAGAAAGCCAUGGAGAGAGAAUUUAUCUUGAUGUUCGAGAAGGCAGAGAAAGCUGCCCAAGAAGCCGCUGCAAAACCCGGCCAGUCGCCGGCGGAGGACAUCUGUGUUGCCGCCCUGAAUUUCUUGAAGGAUUUCCCGGUUACCCAUGCCCUCAUGAAGUCAACCAUGGUCGGAAAUCGCGCCGGACUAUUCCCACGCUUGAACCAACAUCCGAGCAAUAGAAUCCGAUUAGCUUGUCCUGAAGUAAUCAAGACGUGGAAGAAUACGCUAGAAUCAUCCAAUCAAGAGGGCAACAAGAAUAAUAAUUAUAGUACUAAUGGUGAUGUUGAUGAUCAUGGCGGCAAUACUACUGUCCAGGUAGAAACAGGGGAUGAGAGUAUGGCGGAGGUUAAAGAGUCGAUUUUGCUUCUUUAUAAAAAGGCAACGACGGGUGCGAAAUACGUCGCCGGAGAUUGUUGUUCGCCGGAGUUGCUGAGGUGUCUUGAUGCCCUGAAACGCCUGAAGGAAUUUCCAAUUGAUAUUGUGUGGGCAACCAUAGGAAGGAAGGGUCUCGAGGAACUGAAGAGUUUAAGAAAGCAUCGGAGUAAGAGUAUUCAGUCGGUUUCAUCUGAUGUAAUUAAGGACUGGAUGGAUAAGUUUGCUCUAGGAAAACGCAAUGAAAAGAACAAGAAUCAUCAUCAUGGCGAAAAUACCGACGUGGUGGUUGAAGAAAAGCCAAAUAAGUUAACCCGCGACCAAUCCGAAUCCGAAUCCGACACGAAGAAAAAACAGAGGGAAGAGGAGAAACAGAGGAUUUUGGGUUCGUUGCAGAGAACAAAUGAUCGGAGCAGAGAUUUGAAUCGAGAAUAUUUCGCAAAAGCCUUGUUGAAAGUUGGUGAUGAGGUUGAUCCGACCCUGAAUGAGAGGGUCGGGUCGUGUGAUCCGGGUCGGAUUGCUGAGAUGGUGGAAACGGAAUUGUUCAAGGCAUGGGGUGAUUUCUACGGACCCAACAAAGCCAAGUACAGGUCCCUGCGGUUUAAUUUGAACGAUGAGAAGAACCCGGAUUUCAGAAAGAAAGUACUGCUUGGGGAAUUCCGGCCGGAAUGGAUUUCACGAUUGAGCAGUAAAGAGAUGGCUAGUGAUGCAAGAAGACUAGAGGUGGAUAUGAUUAGAAAAGGAUUAAUGUUCUCCACUAAAGACGACACUAUGCUUCCUGUUAGUUCACCUACUUUAGUGUUUUGAGAUGUAUCAAAUUCUAUGUAAUUCCUUUUUCCUAGUUGGUGGGAUUCAAAUCUGGAAGAUCUAAAAUGGUUCAAAUUGAAGUUGAAGAAAUUUUUUGGAAAAGCCGGUUCAAAUUGGAAGUUGAAACUUCCUUCAAGUUUUUUUUUUUUUUUUCAAGUGACUAAUCUCCCUCGCUCAUGUUAGACACCUCGAUAGGGAGCUAGUUAAAGAAUUAAAUGUUGCUCCAUGUCCAUGACGAUGUCCGAAC